CCAGUACUCCAACGCUCAAUUCUUCACCGAAAACAGCACACACCAACUCGAUAGACAUAGGUGAACAUGAUGCUGAAACUCCUCUUAACAUAGGGCCGUCAUGUCAAACAGUACUACUGGGUGCUGAACCACAUUCGGGGCUGAUUAACGAACUUAAGUACUUCAAAUGCUAUUUCAAAUCUCAUCUUUACCUAAUCCUCAUAAAUGCUAGAUCCGUUCUAAAUAAACUACCGAUGCUCAGAGCACUCACAGUAAUAUACAAACCCCCUAUAAUUAUCAUCACUGAAUCCUGGUGUAACUCCAACAUACUGGAUGAAGAGAUAAGCUUAGAUAACUAUACACACUUUCGGUGUGACAGGGAAGGUGGUAAGGGAGGGGGUUGUCUUAUGUACUUUCUGAAUGCACUUACUGUAUCACAGCUAGAAAGUAGUACACUUAACAUGCCUGAGACUUUAUGGGUUAACUUACACUUAAAUAACGCAAUAGUAUUAUUGGAUGCACCUACAGAGCACCUGGCACCUUUAGUAAUUACGAGACCCAACUUAUUAAUACUCUAGAACAAUUAUCCACCCUACACUACGAUCAUAAGAUCCUAUGUGGAGACUUUAACUUACCAGAAAUCAACUGGGAAAUACCCACAGGUCCAACUAAACUUGAUAAGUUCUUAGGCACACUGGAUAUACUUGGCUGGAAGCAGACUGUCACAACCCCUACAAGAGGUAAUAACGUACUAGACUUAAUCUUCUGCCACAAUAUAAGUCCCCUUUCUACCCUAGUAGGUUCUGAGUUUUCAGGGAGUGACCACAAAACAGUGCUGUGUGCACUGCCACUUCCGUCAAGUAGCAAUGCAACCCAUACCCCUACUUCACAACAAAUAACUUACAGGAACUACAGUAAGGCAGACUGGACUCUAGUAAAAUCAAUGCUAAGAUCCUCAGAAUAGAGUGAGUACUUCUAUACUGAUAGCCUCUCGAAAGCUCUAGACAUCUUUUACUAUAACUCCAACACAUGCUUAGAUGCUGUCAUCCCAUUUCAAACACUAAAGUUUUCCCCACAUAGAAAGACAUUCAUAAAGCCAAAGGAUCGUAGGAAACUGAAAAGACUGUCAACAAGUUACUUCAGGCGACACGACUUUAGUACACUAGGGUCAAUACUUAGUACUCUUAGCUCCAUCUCGCAAGCUCAUAACUUGCGUAUGAGAAAUGAAGAAUGCACCGCACUAGCCAGCACCACCAGAGUAGGUGCUCUCACAGAAAUACUAAAGAAACGAAUGAAUCGCCAAAGCCAUAAAUUUCUCUCCUUAUAAACAAGGGCAAACUAUACAGCAACCAUGCAGACAUGUGUGAACUGUUUAAUGAGACGUUUGCAGCUAACUACCUUAAGCCUACAAGUCCACUUCUCGGUUUACAAUCUAAAAUAGAACUCCCUUCAUCUUCAACGCUGAAACAAAUCACUACAGUUCAUUUCACUUACUCUAAUAUUAAUCAAGCCGUUAAUACUCUUAAAAGCUCUAGUAGUGCCGGUUUUGACGGUAUACCAUCGUAUCUUUAUAAACACGGUGGUUCUGACAUUUCCGUUUUAUUACUUAAGAUUUUUACAAUGUCCCUAGAAAGCCAAACCUAUCCAGAUAAAUGGAAAACGACAUUUAUAGUACCUAAACACAAAUCCGGAUCAAAAACUGAAGUCAACAACUAUAGGCCAAUCAAUAUUACACCCAUAGUAUCUAGAAUCAUUGAACGAAUAGUUAAAGAUGAUAUCCUCAAACAUAUGCUCAGCUGCAAUAUUCUAAGUCCAAACCAACAUGGAUUCCUAAAAUCCAGAUCAUGCAUGACAUGUCACCUUGACUUCUUUAACUAUAUAACUAGCAGCCGAGACAAACAACAACUAGUACUUGUCAUCUACUUCGACAUAUCCAAAGCCUUUGACCGCGUUGACCAUUUGCUUCUAAUAAAUAAGCUAAACUCUUUAGGAAUAAGUAACCCAUUAUUAGGAUGGAUUGAAUCAUUCCUUAAGAAUAGGUCCCAAGUAGUUAGACUGGGUUCUGUAAACUCUAAACCUAGUCCGGUCACUUCUGGAGUAGUUCAAGGUAGCGUCUUAGGCCCCCUCCUAUUCACUCUAUAUGUCAACGACAUAUGCAGCUGUUUCUCACUUGGCAAACCAUUCAUCUUCGCAGAUGAUCUUAAAGUAGCUUACACAUUCCACUGUGAUGACUUAGGAUACUUUCAGAAAGCUGUUCAGGAAGAACUAGAUCGAGUAACUGCAUGGUCCUCCACAUGGAACCUGAAAUUCAACCUUAAAAAAUGUGGUUGGAUCUGUUUCGGUGCACCCUCAAUAAAUAUUAAACUGGUACUUGAAUCUCUUGACUUGCCUAAACUCCAAAGUGUUGUUGACCUAGGACUCAGGUACUCUAGUGACUUGACAUUUUCUGAGCAAGUGGCGACACAGACGCGUAAAUCGAGGAUGCUCUUAGGAUGCAUACUCAGGAAUUUCCACAGCUACGAAGCAAAACUAUUAUUAUAUAAAACUUGUGUCAGACCACUACUUGAAUAUUGUCCAUUUAUUCUCAGCAGCACUCGCGUAAGUGACAAACUUAAAAUAGAAAGUGUCCAACGAUACUUCACGUCUAAACUACUAGGAUUUGACUGCGAAAAGGACUACACAUCAAGGUGUAUAACUCUAGGUAUCGACCCACUCUGGAUGAGACGACUGAGCAUUAACCUAACAUUCUUCUUUAAAGUCUUGCAUAAAAUAUCAUUCUCAGACAGUAAGGAGAUACAGUUCUCACCGGAAGGCUCUUACAACCUUCGUAACCAAACGUGCACAGUAUCUAGGAAAAGCUGUAAAACAGCACUCCGUGCAAACUUCUUCAUAGUCAUGUACUCUAAGAUCUGGAACAGUUUAACCCUAGAAAUAAGGACUUGUCACUCUAUCAUAACCUUCAAACGCUUGCUAUAUAAACUGCCUCAUCCAAAUGACUAUGCCAAUCACACCGCACCUUUUAUUUCUAAAACGCAUGAGCUAUUAGGACACUAUAACGCCUAGACUCAUUACUAAAUAUUAUGACACUAAAUAAACUCUAAGACUUCGCAAAAAUACAUGAAAGAACAACUAGAUUAUAGGUAGUGUUUACUAUACAAUGAUGUACAUUUAUAAACAUUUAUAUAUACAUAAAAUAUUAAUGUCCUGUUCAUUUUUACAUACUUUAUCAUUCUGCUAUUCUGCUGCUGAGAUAACUCUUCUAUAUACCUCCUGGUCGAGGUCGAACAACCCAACAUCUAAACUGAAAUGACCAUUUAAGUAAAUUCAAAAUCAAAUCCCAUGAACGAUCCGAUGCAACCACUUGAAAACGCUGGCUAACAUUCUGUACAAGGAGUAUUCUUGAUCUGAAAUAAAGAAGCAACUGGUUUUCAAACAGUUUUCAAUGUAUUACUCAACUUACAUGUACAGUCUGCCAUGGUGACGCAAAUGGCGCAAAUGGAAAGUUCUAGAAUCUACCUCGGCCCCAUUUAAUGCAGUAAAACAAUCUAACAUUACCUUAUCUAAUUUUCGUAUCAAAGAUCAAAUUUCUUUCAUAUUAUAAAACUACGAUUAUACUGGUGAAAAAAAUAGAAUAAAUACAUUAUUGACUCA